CACCGAGUGACGUUGGGCGAUGGAGUCCGACCGUAUAUAGCCCGCCCCGAUGACAACUGGAACCACAUGUGCUCCUGAACUACCUGUACAUAAAUCGUCGCCCAUCUUCUCUCUGCACCUAAACCAUGCCCCCAACCGCUACAAGAUUCAUCUCCAAGACGCCAGACAUAUCUAGGAUCCCUCCACAGGUACGUCCCAACCCAACCACACCUGGGCAUUCACAUCGCAUAUCGCACACUAACCCCAAUACAGCUAGCCACAUUCUACAUCCAGAAUAGCACACCACACCAUGGCCCAGACGCCUCCCCCUCCCCGUCCCGCAAACCUGCACACCCUCCCCGACGACCUCAUCUUCGAGAUCCUGACGCACUGCCCUACCCUCCAGGCAUUCCACUCGCUGAUCCUGACACACCCAAACAUCUACAACGUCUACAAGCGAUACGAGAACCUGGUCCAACGCAUCGUCCUCGUGACGCAUGAUUCUCUGCCGGGCUUCUACUUCAGCCGCGCUGCUGUCGAGGUCUAUGUCAAGCAUUUUGGAAGACCGCCUUGGAGUAUUGAUUUUCUUGUGUAGCUAUAAGUGCUCCAGGGUGGGUGGGUUGGUUGCGAGUGGAUAUGUCCAGGUCGAAGAGAAUCGGGAAUAGAUCUAUCCUUAUUUCGGACAUGUUACAGUAGACCGGUCCUGAAAUCGACAAUAGUCAAGGCGGGGGCAUCGUCCUACUCAAUUCUUCAUGUGCUCGGAAGAAGGCCCGUCGCGUCAACCUUGGAGCCCGAGACUGCUUGGUGCGAACAUGUGAACGUGCUG